CUGGGAUCAGUUCGCGCUGCGCUUUGCCGGUCCUUGGCUGUCUGAGGUGAAUUCGGAGCCGCCGCAGCCCCACCGACUAGGGUCUGUCACGGGGGGGUGGGAGGAGGACGGGGAGUUUAACCGGAGGCCAAGCAGAAAGGGGCAAAGCAAAAGAAGGUGGAAAGAGAGACGCAGGGAGAAGGAGCACUCUCCGGCCCGGUGGGGGGGCGGGUGAGUGAGUAGUUUCUCUUGUGUGUGUGAGGGGAGAGCCCGCUGGGGGUAACGAUGAGCAUCGAAAUCCCGCCCGGCCUGACGGACUUGCUGCAGGGUUACACGGUGGAAGUGCUGCGCCAGAGGCCGCCCGACCUCUUGGAGUUCGCCGUGCAGUAUUUCACCCGCCUGAAGGAGAAGAGGCUGCAGGAUGGCGCUGGGGCAGCCUCCCCUCUCCGGCCUGCUACACGCGCGGUCAACUUUGAUGGGGAGCCCAUGCAGACCGAGCCUAACGGGGACGAGGAAGACGAGGAUGAAGAGGACGACGACUCUGACUUUGAGCCUCCAGUUAUCAACAGAUAUAACCGAAGAGUUUCCGUUUGUGCUGAAGCCUUUAACCCAGAUGAAGAGGAGGAUGACACAGAACCCAGGGUGGUUCACCCGAAAACAGAUGAGCAAAGAUGCAGGUUGCAGGAGGCGUGCAAAGAUAUACUACUCUUCAAAAACCUUGACCAGGAGCAGCUCUCUCAGGUUUUGGAUGCAAUGUUUGAACGGCGGGUAGACCCUCAGGAACACGUCAUUGACCAGGGAGAUGAUGGGGAUAACUUUUACGUAAUUGAGCGCGGGGAGUAUGACAUCUUCGUAGGCAGAGAUGGACAGUCCCGCUGUGUGGGCAAAUACGAUAACCACGGUAGUUUUGGUGAGCUGGCACUGAUGUACAACACUCCAAGGGCUGCGACUAUCGUGGCCACAACUGAUGGUGCUCUCUGGGGACUGGACAGAGUGACCUUCCGUAGAAUUAUCUUGAAAAAUAAUGCCAGAAAAAGGAAGACGUUUGAGCUAUUUGUUGAAUCCGUACCCAUUCUGAAGUCCCUAGAGCCUUCAGAACGUAUGAAGAUUGUUGAUGUAAUAGGUGAAAAGGUGUACAAGGAUGGUGAACGUAUUAUUGCACAGGGGGAUAAAGCAGACUGUUUUUUCAUUGUGGAGUCCGGAGAAGUCAAAAUUAUGAUGAAGAGCAAGACAAAAACGGGCCAAGAAAAUAACCAAGAAGUGGAGCUAACCCGCUGUAAAAGCGGGCAGUAUUUUGGAGAACUUGCUCUUGUUACCAACAAGCCCAGGGCUGCUUCUGCUUAUGCCGUGGGGGACGUCAAAUGCUUAGUUAUGGAUGUGCAAGCCUUUGAGCGAUUGCUGGGCCCCUGCAUGGACAUUAUGAAGAGAAAUAUCACGCAUUAUGAGGAGCAGUUGGUGGCGUUGUUUGGUUCCAGCAUGGACCUUAGGGAUCCAGGAAAAUAGGCACCCUGGUACCUCAGUGCCUUCUCUGUUCAAGACACAGAUAAAGCCUCCUGUCUGCAACACAAGGGACAAGUAGCACAGCGGAACGCAUACUUCUGCUGUUGUCUUGGGCAUUUUUUUAUAGAAAAGAGAAUAAAGCUACAGCACCAGAGGCCCGGGUAGAAGUCCAAUCUAUGCCAUCAUUUUGCUGCUGAGAUCCCAUUACUAGACCUUUUUAAAAAUAAUAAAAAAAAAAUACAUGUGCCUUUCUUUUUACUUCCCUGGUUAGAAUGGCAUGUUUGACAUCACAGUGCAAGUGCCUGCUCCACUGCCCAAAGUCUCACUCGGCUGUCGUUUUGUAAGAACUUUUUUAUGGAGAUAGGCCUAAAAACAAAAAAAUAGGUUUACUUCUGAUACACAAACACACUUUUUAUUUUUACGUUACUCUGUGGUUUACUCUUGGCUCACUUAUUAAGUAUUGUGUGUGAUCAGCAUAUUCUCUCGAAUGUUACACUUAAGCUAAGUCAUGUUGUUUUUCUUUUUUUCCUUUAAGAAACAGCCUAUAUAGAUUAAUCACUUUCCUAUGAUGCCAGACCAAUUAUUGCUUAAUAUUUGUAAAUUAGAACUUGAUUCCCCCCCCCCCCCUGAAAUUGUUCCUUCAGGUUUAAAAUGACACACUUUUUAAUAUAUACCCUCUGACGUCUCUUUGUGAUCGCAGUUUUUUUUCCCAGUCUGCCCUUGGAUUAGUUAUGUUCAUCAUCAAAACAUGCUGAUGCGGUAACUCAAUUUAAAGCGGACCCCCUUGCAAGUGGGCAUGGUUGAUGCAGUCCCUGUGGCGAUACAUGGGUGUAGUAACCCCCCCUUCCCGAAUGUUCCUGCAAAUGUAAUAAUACUAAUUUUAGAACACUUUUUAACGUUAAGAUAUGUAACUGAGAAUGUCUUCUCGGUUUCUUGUAUUUUAUUAUUCUAUUGGUGUUAACUGAAAAAGUUCUGUCACUGCUAGGGUCUUCCCCACUCCUUUAAGAAAUACAAUAAAUUGAUAUUCACACAACUGAAA